GAAAGGGGAGGCGCUAGCUAGUAAGCGGCUCCUGGCCUGGUGCUACAAUGGCUAGUGACGAGAACAUUUGCUCCCCCUUAGGCUUAAAAUCGUUCGUUUGGAGGCACUUCGGAUUUCAGAAAAAAGAUGGAUCAACGGACAAGAGGCGUGCUGUUUGCAAAUACUGCCAUGCGGUGAUAAAAUACUCUGGGAACACCACAAAUCUCGCCGCACAUCUAAAAAGAAAACACGACAUCUCUCCCUCAAGCAGCGGCCGCGAAAACAACACAGACACGACGCCCUCCGUGAGCACAUUUUUCCCCCAAAUGCUAAGUAAAAACUCUAAACGAGCUAAAUCCAUCACUGCUGCAAUUUCAUAUCAUAUCUGUAAAGACUUGAGACCGUUUAGUAGCGUGGAGGGUGAGGGAUUUUCCGAGUUAAUGAAUACGCUAGAGCCCAGAUAUACAAUACCAUCGAGACAGUACUUUAAUGUGUACCACGUCUAUAUACCCGUGUUAAAGCGGAGGUAUUACACGAACUAAAGGAAGCAGGACGGGUUGCUAUCACUGCAGAUGGAUGGACUUCUCGCUCAACUGAAGCCUACAUUAAGGUCACUUGCCACUACAUUGAUACAGCAUGGACGCUAAAAAACUACGUGCUUCAGACUUGCGUUUUAAGUGACUCUCACACAGGACCGAACCUAGCCUCUGUCCUAAACGAAGCAUGUGAAGAAUGGCACAUUGCAGAUAAAAACCCAGCUCUUGUAACUGACAAUGCCAGGAACAUGACCGUAGCAGGAAUAGAGGCGCAUCUGUCACCGCACAUAAAAUGUUUUGGACAUACUAUCAACUUGGCAACUCAAAAAGGACUCAAAUGCAAUGAUGCUGCCUGUCUUUUAGGUAGAGUACGCCGUGUUGUGAGUUUUUUUCACCGCAGCACGCUGGCCAAUGCUGUGUUAAAAGAGAAACAAAAACUACUUGAUCUCCCACCACACAAACUCAUCCAAGAUGUCAUCACACGUUGGAACAGCUCGUUUGAUAUGGUGGAGCGUUUUUUGGAGCAACAGGCUGCUGUGUGUGCUGCACAGCUUGAUCAAAAAAUCAAAGUCCAUGAAGAAUGAUUUACAAAUACUAAAUGAAGAUGACAUAUCCACAGCUGAAGAAAUUAUACAGUUACUGAGGCCUGUGAAAACUGCAACUACAAUAAUGUGUGAGGAGGCACAACCAACUAUCUCAGUCAUUGCUCCACUGAAAAGUAAAUUGAUUGAACAUUUCAGUUUCUGUGAGGAUGGCAUGCCACUGAUCAAAGAAAUGAAACAAACAAUGGCCAAAGAGCUCAAGCAUCGUUACACAGAUGUCCAAGAAGUAUUAAACACUGCAGCUGCCCUUGAUGCAAGAUUCAAGACCCUGCCCUUUCUGUGCAAAGAGGAGAGGGAUGCCACAUUCAAGAAUAUCAUAAAUGAGGCUGCACACUUGUGGGACCAAAAAGAAGACACACAGGCUCAUGAUGCCACUGCAAUGGAGGAAACUCACACAACACACCCAUCUGAAGAGGCAUGUGAUGAUGAGUUCCAUGCUUCAGAAUAUGUUCCUGUCUCAAAAAAAAACAAAGCAAUGGAGGAUCUGUUUGGGGACACAUACACUGCGAGCAGCAACUUCGUGAAAACAUCCAAGCAGCUGGCAGAGAUGGAAGUAAAUAGAUACAAAGAGACUGAAUUAUUAACACUCAAAGGUAAUCUGUUAGAAUGGUGGGGAAGUCAUGAAAUGGAGUUUCCCCUCCUUGCAAAUCUAGCCAAAACCUAUCUCUGUAUUCCUGCAACAAGCGUGCCCUCCGAGCGUGUAUUCAGCACUGCAGGUGACAUUGUCCGCUCAGAACGUAGUGUUUUGACACCUGAGCAUGUCGAUCACUUGAUUUUCUUGAAGAAGAACCUAACAAAGAACGCACUAUCAUAAAUCUCAAUGCACUAAGCAAACAUGUGACAAACUACUUUUGAUUUUUUACUACAUGUUGUAUUAUUGUCCAUAUUGAACAGUUCAAAGAGUAAACAGCGUGUAAUGUUAAAAUUCUAUAUAAAGAGUUAUAAAUUAAGUUAUUUUUGUUUCAUAGAAGAGUUAAAUGACAACAUACAUAUUUUAUCUAUGUAUAGUUCUCUGGUAUUGCAAAGGUUUUUUUUUUGCAUUUGGGUGCUCAAAGUGUAAUGUUUACUACUUUCAUUAUAAAGAACUUGUUUUUGUUUUGUUCAGUAAUGCACUUUAUCAUAAAUUCCAAUGCACUGAGCAAACAUGUGACAAACUACUUUUGAUUUUUUACUACAUGUUGUAUUAUUGGCCAUAUUGAACAGUUCAAAGAGUAAAGAGUUGGAUGGUCAAGUUGUAAUGUUUACUACUUUCAUUAUAAAGAACUUGUUUUUGUUUUGUUCAGUAAUGCACUUUAUCAUAACUUUAUCAUAUCACUUUAUCUACUUUGUAUACUACUAAAUGUAAUUUCCUAAAUAAAGAGUUUGCAGUA